AUCAGUUGAUAAUUAUAUAAGGUUAAAAGGUAUGUCACAAUACUGUUAAAUAUAAAAUCAAGCAUCCGAAUUAAAGCCUCAAUGGAAAAAGCAUAAUUACACCAAAGGGGAAGGAUGUCUAAACUUACUGUAGAAUUUCCUAAUGGAGAAAAGGGUGAAUUUGUCCAUGCAUAUGGCUUGACUUUUAAUUCCAAAAUAUUAGAUCGACUGUCUACCAGAGACCUGAAAUCACACAUCGAAAACAUUCGGAACCUGGAGAUACGUGAUGAUGACGUCUAUCUUGCCACGUAUCCAAAAUGUGGUACACAUUGGGUUUGGGAAAUUUUGGUCAUGUUGAAAAGAGGAAAUGCGGAAUACGAAAUAAAAACAAAAGGGGCAGCUUUCUUGGACUUCCAGUCACCGGAAGUAGUAGGGAGCAUUCCAUCUCCGAGAGUCUUGAAUUGUCAUUACCCUUGUAAACUUGCGCCGAAAGAAUUAUUACAGAAAGGAAUAAAGAUUGUUCAUGUUAUGAGGAAUCCAAAGGAUGUUUUCGUUUCAUAUUAUCAUCAUUUGAAGACUAUACAUUCGGCACCGCUCACUAGUAGUUUUCAAGAGUUCCUGCCUCAGCUUCUAGGAGAAUACGGCAUUUAUACGUUUUAUCCGUGGUUUCAACACAUGAAAGAAUGGGAGAGGUUUUCAGAACAACAUCCUGAACAGAUACUGAAUCUUUUCUUCGAAGACCUUAAAGAGGAUCCUGUCAGAGAAAUUAAGAAAAUCAACAGUUUUCUUGAGACAGGAAGAAGUGAAGAUUUAAUCAAAGGGAUUGCUGAAGCGUGUGACUUUAAGAACUUAAAGAAAGCUGAUGCAGAGAUCAAGGUUGCUGAAAAUUUUGUGGACAAGAAAAAGAGCUCAAAUAUGUACAGGAAAGGAGAAGUUGGAGACUGGAAGAAUCACUUCACAGUUGCACAGAAUGAAAGGAUGAACGAGUGGCUUGAGGAAAAUUUCACAGAUACGGAUCUUAAGUUUAGAUAUACAUUGUGAAAACUGAAACACUUAUUUUUGAUUCGAACAAUAUUAAAAUACUUAGUGUAUGUUAACAUUUCUAAAUAUUGUAUAAUUAGAACUGACUAAUUUGUUUGGUUUGGGCAGUUUUUCAACAGUAUUGUUCCUGAAUUCUGUAUCAGUACUAACAUGUUCUUAGCAAGUUACUCCCAACUUUUCAUAAUUAUAUCGAGCUGGAUGAUCAAUGACUUCCGACACGAUUGUUACGAACAUACGCCUCGCUCCGUGAUCGAAGUCGUGAUCCAAAGAUCGUUAGAUCUGCGCUUUUCAUAUCUAACUAUGUUUGCGGACAAAACUGACUACAUUUGUAUAAUUUACAAAAAAUAUAUGAAAAUCUAUUUCAAAAACUUGCAAACAUGAAACUUUUGCAUGCUAUACCGCACUUUAGUAAUUUCUGAAAGCAUAUCUAACCUGUUAAAGCGAUUUGUUCUUUACUUUGUUUUACAGUAAGAUAUUUUGCAAUGUUUAAUGAUGAUUUUAAUCAAACACAAGAGACCCUUCAUAUUUACAGAAUUAAUAUGAGUUUGUCAACAUGUUAUUUUUAUAUCACUAUUAUACAUAUAUUAUACAUAACCAAGAGGAUAUUUUUUUAAAUAUUUCAAAGACAACAUUGUAUAUCAUGUUUGAGCUUGUGUAAACAAGUGAUUGUUAAACCA